AUGUCUUUAGUUUUAAAGGGAAUGAGUUUGAAAAUAAAUGACAAGGAGAGGGUUGGGAUUGUUGGAAAGACAGUAAUUUCUAGUUUAUUCAGAUUAAAUUCAAUAUAGAAUACUGGGUAUAGUUUUGUAAAUAAUAAUUAUUAGUUUUCUUUUAAUAGAUGAUUAAGAUAUUCGCAAAAUAAAUUUAUAUAAGUUAAGAUAAGAAAUUAGUAUAAUACCUUAAGUACCUUUUCUUUUCAAAGGCACCUUAAGAGUAAAUCUUGACCCUUUUUAAUAUUUUGAUGAUAAAACAUUAUUGAAUGUUUAUGUGAGACAGGUUUAGAAGGAUUUAUAUAAUAAUUAGCAUAAGGUCUGGAACAUAAAUAGAGCCAGAGUUAUUUUCAAUAGGUAAGAAAUAAUUGAUUUGUUUAAGCAGAUUUUUAAUAAAUAAGAGGAAGAUUUUAAUAUUAGAUCAGGCAACUGCAAAUGUUGAUAUGAUGACAGAUUGUUUGUUUAAUAUUAUAAAUAAUAAACAUAAAUUAAUGAUUGUACAAUAUUUACAAUAGCACAUGGAUUGAAUACAAUAGCAGAUUAUAAUAAGGUGUUAGUAUUAGAAGAUGGUAAGGUAUUAGAAUAAGGACAUUCUUAUGAACUAUUAGUUUAGAAUCCAAAGAUAUCAAUUUAUAUAGAUAUUGAUUCUAUUUUUGCUAAGAUGGUACUUCAGACAGGGCAUAAGAGUAGUUAAAUUUAUGGAAUGGCAAGAAAAAGUUAUGUGCAGGAAUAUGAAAUAAAGAGU